AUGACGGAGACUGAUCAACCGGAGGAGAGUCCUCCGAUGGCGGGAGAGACUGGUAAUAAUGAGAACGAAGAUAUCAGCGGGGAAGAAGAGGAAGAGGAAGAAGAUGACUUGGAUUUCAAUCCGUUCUUAAAGGGGACGCCAUCCCCUGAGGCUUCUUCGAGUUUGAGCUCCGAUGUCGAAGCUUUAGACGAUGCUUCUUCCCCAAAACCAACUGGUGAGGUUCAGAACUUCCCCGUCGGAGAUUCCGAGCACGGCGAAGAGGUUGUGAUGCAGACAUCAGGUUCCCCCGAGGAAGGCGAGAAGAGCCAAUUUGGGAGGAAGAGGCCGAGUUCUCAACAGGAUGAGUUAAGUGGAGAUUUCGACGAUGAGGACGCGAUCUGCAAGCGGACUAGGGCACGUUAUUCGCUGGCGAGUUUCACACUUGACGAACUGGAGAAUUUUCUCCAGGGAACGGAUGACGAGGAUGAUUUACAGAACGUGGAUGAUGAAGAAGAGUACAGGAAGUUUCUUGCGGCCGUGUUACACUCCGGGGACGGAGAUGAGCAGCCGGCACUAGCUGAAGAAAUUGGCGAUGAUGAGAACGAUGCAGACUUUGAGAUAGAGCUUGAAGAGCUGCUGGAGAGUGAUGUAGAUGAUAGUGCAAGAGAUAAGGAUAGGAAAAUUAAGACAAGGCAGAAUAGAAGUGCUCGGAAUAAGAAAAAGAAUAAGAAGCUCUUGGAACAGACGAAGAGGCCAUUGCGGCCUCUUCUACCGAGCCUACCGAAUGGUGGGGUGGCCACAUUUCCUAGUUCAUGUGGCAAAGUGUUGGCACUUGAAGCGGCUGCAGUGCAUCAACCUUCCGAGAAUCCACUGAUCAAUGGAUUUACUCCACAGCAGAUAGGCCAACUGCACUGUUUGAUACACGAGCAUCUGCAGCUGCUUAUCCAAGUGUUUUGUCUAUGUUUCUUCGAUUCUUCCAGGAAGCAUAUUGUUACUCAGAUUCAGGGUUUCAUUUCAGAGAUUCUGCACAAAUGCAGUGAGGUUGGGGUAUGGAGAAGUUUACCCUUUCCUGACAUUUGCUUCAAUCCUCGUUACAUGCGCCCUUCAGUGACAGAUGAGCUGAUAAAUUCUGCACAAACUGCUGAAUCUUUCUGGGUGCCUUGCGUUAGGGGACAAGUGGUGUCGAUUCUGGAUGUUGCUCCGCUACAUUUAGUUGGAAAGUUUAUUGAAGAUACUUGUAAUGCUGCCAAGGAGUAUCAAAGACGCUGUGUUGAAUCUAGUUUUGAUGGACAAUAUGAAAAGGAACCACUUUUCCAACUUCCUUAUCUUCCAUCACCAUUGGAGGCAAAUGGUGACCCAGCAGCACCAUUGACACCUGGGCAGGAAUUGCCUAAGAAGACAUUGGCUGCAUCGAUUGUGGAACGUGCCAAAAAGCAGUCGAUAGCUUUGGUCCCUAGAGAUGUUAGCAAGUUGGCGCAGAGAUUUUUUCCAUUUUUCAAUCCAGCAUUGUUCCCUUACAAGCCACCACCUACAUCUUUAUCAAAUAGGAUCCUUUUUACUGAUGCAGAGGAUGAAUUGUUGGCAUUGGGAAUGAUGGAAUUUAAUACAGAUUGGGAGGUGAUUCAGCAGCGUUUCCUUCCUUGCAAAUCCAAGCACCAGAUAUAUGUCCGGCAGAAAAAUCGGUGUUCAUCCAAGGCACCAGAAAAUCCCAUAAAGGCAGUUCGUAGAAUGAAAGCCUCUCCUCUAAGGGCUGAAGAAAUCGAACGUAUCCAAGAGGCACUGCGAGUGUACAAAAUGGACUGGAUGUCAAUAUGGAAAUUCGUUGUCCCUCAUAGAGAUCCUUCUUUAUUACCACGGCAAUGGCGGCUUGCCCUCGGUACUCAGAAGUCGUAUAAACAGGAUGCUGCUCAAAAAGAGAGACGAAAAAAAUAUGCAUUUUAUAGGAGGAGCAAAGCUGCAGAUUUGCUGAAUCAGAAAACGACAUUGGAUAAGGAGGACAAUCAGCUUUAUCGCAACAACUCACAAAAGGUUAGGGAUAAUUUUGUCGAUAAUCAAACUGAAGCGUAUGUUCAUCGGGCAUUCUUGGCAGACUGGCCACCGGUUUCUUCAUAUCCUCCAUUGCCUGCAAACCUAAUGGGAAAAUGCCUGCCGGCAGAUUCAUUAAGACAAGCUAUUCGGACCGGGAAGCAACUGAAUGUCUCAGUAGUUCCUGGUGAAUCUCCACACAAUAAUAUAUACAACCAUCAACAACCUGGUACCACGUCUCCUUUCAGUCGGUCUGCACAUUCCCCUACUACUACUACUAAUCAACUAAACCAAGAACCAGUUCAUGGAAUGACAUCAGCAGAUAUCCCCAAGCCAACAAUGAGUUUGUGGCCUUACAGAACUCGUAAGAAGAUAGGUACACGUUUGGUUAAAUUAGCACCUGAACUCCCCACCGUGAAUCUUCCACCUUCUGUUCGUGUAUUAUCUGAAUCAGCUUUCAGGAGCAACCACUCCGGAGCAAUUUCUAGGGUUUCCAGUACCAAGCCUGGUUCUGGAAAAGAUGAUUCAGCGCCUCAACUUCUCGAGGAUGAAAGAGUUAAUGAUUCGGAUCUUCAGAUGCAUCCUUUACUGUUCAAGUCUUCUGAAGCUGAGGGCUUUCUUUAUAACCCGUCAAAGUCUACUACUGCUGGCUCUUCUAGUUCGUUCAGUUUCUUUUCUGGGAAUCCUCCACAUCUGAAUCUCAGCCUCUUUCAUAAUCCUCGCCAUGUUGGUGAUUUUUCUGCUAAAUCCAUUCGAACAGAGGAAUGUAGUUCAUCAGCAUCAGGCGGCAUCGAUUUCCAUCCUCUUCUGCAGCAAGCUGAUGACGGAAAUAGUAACUUAGUUAUGCCUGUAUUAAACAUCUACCAAUCUAAUGCCAUUGGCCCAAUUGAGAAAGGUCAUGAACUGGACCUCGAGAUUCAUUUGAGUUCUGCAUCUAGAAACAAGAAGAACAGGGUAACCAGAGAUGUUGGUGGUUCAGUUAAGCAAUCCACUUCGGCCAAAGGUGCCAUAAAGAGACCUAUGGCCAAGGACAGCCGUGUGUCUGGGGCUACUGAUUCAUCUAGGCUGGAAAGCAACAAUGCUGACUCAUCAACAAGCAGUAAAGGUCGUUCAUAUAUUGAAGAUAUGGGUUGUCAGUCCCUGCAAGAGAUUGUGAUGGAACAGGAAGAGCUGAGUGACUCUGAUGAAGAAUUUGAAGAGAAUGUAGAGUUUGAGUGUGAGGAGAUGGCUGAUUCUGAAGGGGAAGAAGGUUCUGGCUGUAAAUCGAUUGGUGAUCGGCAAGAUGAGACGGGAAACCUCAAAGUUUCAACCCAGGAAGUCGUUUCAACUAACGGCAAACAUACUUGUAACCAAACCCAUGGGAACUCUUCUGCCCCAGAAAUAGACAGCAGCAGCAGUCCUUUGUUGAAGAAGCUAAGUCUGACGAUGCUGGGGAAGGAUAAAAAAAGCAACACUUGGUUAAGCUUAGACUCUGGAGCACCAAACGAGCAUGACGAUGCUGCUCCAGGACAUCAGGUAGAAAGCGGGCCUUCUGGUCAGCAGGAUGUUACUGACAUGGCGCAACAACUCAGCCUCGGUCCUCUUGCUUCAUCAACGGCGAAGAAAUCAAGGGGCCGUGCUACUCGAGGUAGUACGAACUUGAACUCGGAGAUCACAGACCAAGAAAGUUUUCCUGAGAGUAGUCUGAGGUAA